AUGUUGCUUCCAUCCGCCCUCCCAUGCGAUGUGCGCCGGUCGUCUCGCUUCACCCCUACUCGCCUCUUCUCACCUCCAUCGGACGGUUUCGCAUCAGGCAACGGUCUCCUCGGCACCUGUCGCGCCCUACAAUCUCUCCUCAACGGAUCCCCAUCACCUCCAUCGCGCCGUUCAACAAAGGCGCAGCGCCUCCAAAGUCCCCUCCCAAUUAACACACCGCGGCGCUCGCCGCGAUCACACAAAGCCGCCCGUCCCGUCUCUCCUAGACCAACACCACCCCCCAGAACCGCCGCUCUCACACCCCCACCCGCGCCUUGCGCACCAUCGCGCGGCGCAAACAAGCGCCGCCGCGACGCCCUCGAAGACGAAGACAGCGACGCGGAAAUGAGCCGCGGGCGCAACCGUCUCACAACCCCCAAACGUAUCCGCCACGCUCCCUACAACAUCCCUCUCGGUCUCUCCUCAACGGAUUUCUACUCCCUCCAUUCUCCACCAGUCACUCAAUCUCCUCCUUCUCCACCGCGCCGCCAGAUGAACCCACACAUCGCGGCCGGUCCCCGCAUCGAUCCCGAUGCGCCUCUCCCUUCUAUUGAGGUCACAGAGGAAACCUCCUCCUCCAGUCCAGCUGUUCAAUCAAACAUCUGGACCCAAGAAGAAGACCAACGCCUUCUCGAGCUGGUCCUCGAGAAACUCCGCCUCUCUCAACGAGAAUGGGAUGAGUGCGCGCGCCAAAUGGGUCGCGACAACAUUACCGAUAGGUGGAACUCUCUUGUCGGGGAGGGUCGCGUCGGCUUACGCCCUCGUCGCCGUUAA